UCUGCAGCCUGGCGGAGACGAGAGGAGGAGCGGAGGGAGAAGUAGGUUGCGAGCUCAGCACACGCUCCGGCGCUGGCUCCCGCAGCUGAGUUUGAGAGAUGUCUGAGAAGUGAUUUUUUUUUUUUUCCCCGGAAGGCAAAUGGCUGGCGUGGAAGCACAACCUGCUUUCACUCUUCGGAUUUGUGCUUAGCUCUUUUCUUGUACCUUGCGACUCGUGACCAACAUGCUGUGAUGUGUGCCGAGGGAGGAAUUGGUCAGCUACACAACCUGGAUCUCACCACAGUUUGGAUAUGACUGAGGCUCUCCAAUGGGCCAGAUAUCACUGGCAACGGCUGAUCAGAGGUGCACCCAGGGAUGAUGAUUCGAGGCCAUACAACUAUUCCUCGUUGCUCGCCUGUGGGCGCAAGUCCUCUCAGACCCCUAAACUGGCAGGAAAGCACCGGAUUGUUGUUCCCCACCUCCAGCCCUUCAAGGAUGAGUAUGAGAAGUUCUCCGGAGCCUAUGUGAACAAUCGAAUACGAACAACAAAGUACACGCUUCUGAAUUUUGUGCCAAGAAAUUUAUUUGAACAAUUUCACAGAGCUGCCAAUUUAUAUUUCCUGUUCCUAGUUGUCCUGAACUGGGUACCUUUGGUAGAAGCCUUCCAAAAGGAAAUCACCAUGUUGCCUCUGGUGGUGGUCCUUACAAUUAUCGCAAUUAAAGAUGGCCUGGAAGAUUAUCGGAAAUACAAAAUUGACAAACAGAUCAAUAAUUUAAUAACUAAAGUUUAUAGUAGGAAAGAGAAAAAAUACAUUGACCAAUGCUGGAAAGACGUUACUGUUGGGGACUUUAUUCGCCUCUCCUGUAACGAGGUCAUCCCUGCAGACAUGGUACUACUCUUUUCCACUGAUCCAGAUGGAAUCUGUCACAUUGAGACUUCUGGUCUUGAUGGAGAGAGCAAUUUAAAACAGAGGCAGGUGGUUCGGGGAUAUGCAGAACAGGACUCUGAAGUUGAUCCUGAGAAGUUUUCCAGUAGGAUAGAAUGUGAAAGCCCAAACAAUGACCUCAGCAGAUUCCGAGGCUUCCUAGAACAUUCCAACAAAGAACGCGUGGGUCUCAGUAAAGAAAAUUUGUUGCUUAGAGGAUGCACCAUUAGAAACACAGAGGCUGUUGUGGGCAUUGUGGUUUAUGCAGGCCAUGAAACCAAAGCAAUGCUGAACAACAGUGGGCCGCGGUAUAAGCGCAGCAAAUUAGAAAGAAGAGCAAACACAGAUGUCCUCUGGUGUGUCAUGCUUCUGGUUAUAAUGUGCUUAACUGGCGCAGUGGGUCAUGGAAUCUGGUUGAGCAGGUAUGAAAAGAUGCAUUUUUUCAAUAUUCCCGAGCCUGAUGGACAUACCAUAUCACCACUGUUGGCAGGAUUUUACAUGUUUUGGACCAUGAUCAUUUUGUUACAGGUCUUGAUUCCUAUUUCCCUCUAUGUUUCCAUCGAAAUUGUGAAGCUUGGACAAAUAUAUUUCAUUCAAAGUGAUGUGGAUUUCUACAAUGAGAAAACAGAUUCUACUGUUCAGUGCCGAGCCCUGAACAUUGCCGAGGAUCUGGGACAGAUUCAGUACCUCUUUUCCGAUAAGACAGGAACCCUCACCGAGAAUAAGAUGGUUUUUCGAAGAUGUAGUGUGGCAGGAUUUGAUUACUGCCAUGAAGAAAAUGCCAGGAGGUUGGAGUCCUAUCAGGUAGCUGUCUCUGAAGAUGAAGAUUUUACAGACACAGUCAGCAGUUCCCUCAGCAAUAUGGCAAAACCGAGAGCCCCCAGCUGCAGGACAGUUCAUAAUGGGCCUUUGGGAAAUAAGCCCUCAAAUCAUCUUGCUGGGAGCUCUUUUACUCUAGGAAGUGGAGAAGGAGCCAGUGAAGUGCCUCAUUCCAGACAGGCUGCUUUCAGUAGCCCCAUUGAAACAGACGUGAUACCAGACACCAGGCUUUUAGACAAAUUUAGUCAGAUUACACCUCGGCUCUUUAUGCCGCUAGAUGAGACCAUCCAAAAUCCACCACUGGAAACUUUGUACAUCAUCGACUUCUUCAUUGCAUUGGCAAUUUGCAACACAGUAGUGGUUUCUGCUCCUAACCAACCCCCACAAAAGAUCAGACACCCUUCACUGAGGGGGUUGCCCAUUAAGUCUUUAGAAGAGGUUAAAAGUCUUUUCCAGAGAUGGUCUGUCCGAAGAUCAAGUUCUCCAUCGCUUAACAGUGGGAAAGAGCCAUCUUCUGGAGUUCCAAACGCCUUUGUGAGCAGACUCCCUCUCUUCAGUCGAAUGAAACCAGCUUCACCGGUGGAGGAAGAGGUCUCCCAGGUGUGCAAGAGCCCCCAGUGCUCCAGUAGCUCAGCUUGCUGCACAGAAACAGAGAAACAACACAGUGAUGCAGGCCUCCUGAAUGGCAAGGCAGAGUCCCUCCCUGGACAGCCAUUGGCCUGCAACCUGUGUUAUGAAGCCGAGAGCCCAGACGAAGCGGCCUUAGUGUAUGCCGCCAGGGCUUACCAAUGCACUUUACAGUCUCGGACACCAGAGCAGGUCAUGGUGGACUUUGCUGCUUUGGGACCAUUAACAUUUCAACUCCUACACAUCCUGCCCUUUGACUCAGUAAGAAAAAGAAUGUCUGUUGUGGUCCGGCACCCCCUUUCCAAUCAAGUUGUGGUGUAUACGAAGGGCGCUGAUUCUGUGAUCAUGGAGUUACUGUCAGUGGCUUCCCCAGAUGGGGCAAGUCUGGAAAAACAGCAGAUGAUAAUAAGGGAGAAAACCCAGAAGCACUUGGAUGACUAUGCCAAACAAGGCCUUCGUACUUUAUGUAUAGCAAAGAAGGUCAUGAGUGACACUGAAUAUGCAGAGUGGCUGAGGAAUCAUUUUUUAGCUGAAACGAGCAUUGACAACAGGGAAGAAUUACUACUUGAAUCUGCCAUGAGGUUGGAGAACAAACUUACAUUACUUGGUGCUACUGGCAUUGAAGACCGUCUGCAGGAGGGAGUCCCUGAAUCUAUAGAAGCUCUUCACAAAGCGGGCAUCAAGAUCUGGAUGCUGACAGGGGACAAGCAGGAGACAGCUGUCAACAUAGCUUAUGCAUGCAAACUACUAGAGCCAGAUGACAAGCUUUUUAUCCUCAAUACCCAAAGUAAAGAUGCCUGCGGGAUGCUGAUGAGCACAAUUUUGAAAGAACUUCAGAAGAAAACUCAAGCCCUGCCAGAGCAAGUGUCAUUAAGUGUAGAUUUACUUCAGCCUCCUGUCCCCCAGGACUCAGGGUUACGAGCUGGACUCAUUAUCACUGGGAAGACCCUGGAGUUUGCCCUGCAAGAAAGUCUACAAAAGCAGUUCCUGGAACUGACAUCUUGGUGUCAAGCUGUGGUCUGCUGCCGAGCCACACCGCUGCAGAAAAGUGAAGUGGUGAAAUUGGUCCGCAGCCAUCUCCAGGUGAUGACCCUUGCUAUUGGUGAUGGUGCCAAUGAUGUUAGCAUGAUACAAGUGGCAGACAUUGGGAUAGGGGUCUCAGGUCAAGAAGGCAUGCAGGCUGUGAUGGCCAGUGACUUUGCCGUUUCUCAGUUCAAACAUCUCAGCAAGCUCCUUCUUGUCCAUGGACACUGGUGUUAUACACGGCUUUCCAACAUGAUUCUCUAUUUUUUCUAUAAGAAUGUGGCCUAUGUGAACCUCCUUUUCUGGUACCAGUUCUUUUGUGGAUUUUCAGGAACAUCCAUGACUGAUUACUGGGUUUUGAUCUUCUUCAACCUCCUUUUCACAUCUGCCCCUCCUGUCAUUUAUGGUGUUUUGGAGAAAGAUGUGUCUGCAGAGACCCUCAUGCAACUGCCUGAACUUUACAAAAGUGGUCAGAAAUCAGAGGCAUACUUACCCCAUACCUUCUGGAUCACCUUAUUGGAUGCUUUUUAUCAAAGCCUGGUCUGCUUCUUUGUGCCUUAUUUUACCUACCAGGGCUCAGAUAUUGACAUCUUUGCAUUUGGAAACCCCCUGAACACAGCUGCUCUGUUCAUCAUUCUCCUCCAUCUGGUCAUUGAAAGCAAGAGUUUGACUUGGAUUCACUUGCUGGUCAUCAUUGGUAGCAUCUUGUCUUAUUUUUUAUUUGCCAUAGUUUUUGGAGCCAUGUGUGUAACUUGCAACCCACCAUCCAACCCUUACUGGAUUAUGCAGGAGCACAUGCUGGAUCCAGUAUUCUACUUAGUUUGUAUCCUCACAAUGUCCAUUGCUCUUCUGCCCAGGUUUGUAUACAGAGUUCUUCAGGGAUCCCUGUUUCCAUCUCCAAUUCUGAGAGCUAAGCACUUUGACAGACUAACUCCAGAGGAGAGGACUAAAGCUCUCAAGAAGUGGAGAGGGGCUGGAAAGAUGAAUCAAGUGACAUCAAAGUAUGCUAACCAAUCAGCUGGCAAGUCAGGAAGAAGACCCAUGCCUGGCCCUUCUGCUGUAUUUGCAAUGAAGUCAGCAACUUCGUGUGCUAUUGAGCAAGGAAACUUAUCUCUGUGUGAAACUGCUUUAGAUCAAGGCUACUCUGAAACUAAGGCCUUUGAGAUGGCUGGACCCUCCAAAGGUAUGUGCUGGUACUGUAACCUCUACAAACAAGAGUACCAAUAGCAACAGAUAGCUGGAAGAGAUCCUGCAGUGAUGUUCAUCAGUUUGGGGACAAAAAUUGGAAGCAAUAUGCAGCCAUUUCCAACAAAUGAGCAGCCCAUAUAUUAGAUGGCAACAUCAAGGAUAGAAAACUUUAGGAAGAUAAAGGCCCGGGAAGUAGAUUAGCUGUAGCUUUCGCCUGGAUGUGGCUUCAUGGAGUUACAUAUGCCACUGAGAAUUCCCGAGUGACAAAGUGAUCAAAUCCAGGCAAAGGAAAAAAGGAAAGGUGCAGCUUACCCCUCGAAGCAGUGGGCAACUGUCAGAACCCACUUCUUGGCAAUGAGGACACAGCCACAGAUAUGUCCACUGGGUUCACUCUGCAGAGAACACUGCCAUGGCCACCUUCCAGGGCGACUCGUCCGACCCCCAAGGAUCCUUUUGUUCAUUCGGGCAGCAGGGCGGCGCCCACAGUCUACCAAGGAGCAGAAGACAGUUUCUGAGUUGAUGCCAAACCUUGCUAAAUGCUUAGCUAUUUGCUGUCACUUACAAGCGAUCACUCUUCCCCUGAGCCAAUCCAGUUCAAUUAAGUUCAUAUCCCAUUGCCACACCUCUAAUUCUCUCACCUUGUUUAGUACACAGAAGAGAAAUUUUACUUCUGCUCUGACAAGACUGCCUGGAUUUGGAAACAUAAAAUGGUACAACAUUAAGUUACAUAUUUCCUGUUCAAUUCAAACACUUUACCAGUGAAAAACAAGACAGCUCCAACUGUUACCACCAGAAAUCACAUUCUCUGAGCAACAAUUCCUUUUGGUGCAGGAAUUCUCAAGGCAGGAGUGCAGUCAGAUAUUAAUCAUGUUGUAGGUGGGAGUACAUGGAAUAUAUAUACUUCAUUUUUUUAGUUUAUUUAAUGUCAUCAUAAUUUAAUUUCACAUUUGUGGGAAAAGCAACUAUUUUAACAAAAUUUCCCACAUCAUUUUGGCUGGUGGAACCACCACAAUGUAAAUUCAAACUACAAUUCUCAAGGGGAGAUGGGAGUACUUUUUAGAAUCAGUGGUGAGGAGGCAGCAUGUCAGAUUUUUAUGCUUAUACAAAGUGGAGUGUGCUCAAAACAAGUUGAGAAAUAGUCCAAGAUGAGUAAAAUAUGACUUCAGAAAUUUAAAGAACAGAUUAAGGAAUGGAAUAUUUAGACUGGAAAAGAGUCUUACCAAGACUCUCAAGGUUAAAUUUCCGCUAUAUGAGAAGUUGACAAGAGGAAAAGUAGCUUAAAUUUAUUUCAUAUAACUUUAGAUGACAUGAUCAGAACUAGUAGGUGCAAUUUACAAGAAUUGUGGGUUCAGGAAAAGAAUUUUCUAAAAUCUAAAUUCAACUUUGAAUGCAAGAACAUGGUCCCUGUUAAAGGAUCUUUCAAUGUGAUGGCACAAGAUAAUUCAGUUUGGGGUAGAAAUUUUAAUCACUAAGUUCUCUCCCAACCAUGAAACAUUUACAUUACAACCUCAAUGUAAAUGAAAAAGGACAAUAAAAACCCAUAUUGGCACUUUCAAAAAUACUAUGAUGUACUUAGAAUCCUAGAUCUCUCAGAUUGAAAAAAAAUCCAACCCUAAAUAUAUAAUUUCCACAUUCCUUUCUGAAGAUUUACUGUAUUUUCAUUUCUUGCUAAAUUUACGUAGGGGCACGUGUAAUUAUUUGCAUACAAUAAAUUAUGUAAUACAGGAAAAGCUCAUUUGCUUUCUACCCUCCCACUGUCUAAAAUCCUCUCUUCCUUACUCUCUGUUACAUUAUUCUAAAUUUAUUUGCAGCACUUACCAAAGUCUAAAAUUAUUUUUACUAAUUUGUAAUCUUUAUUUUCACCCCAUAUAGUGUAUGUUCCCUGAGAUGAGGGCCUUUGUUUCCCCUCAUUCACUUCUACAUCCCCUCAAAGCCUAAUACUCAACUUGGUAUUAAAGAAAUACUUAAUAAUUAGUUGUUAUUUGUUAGAUUGAAAACACAUGGCUCUUAGGAAUAGGAAAAGUCAUCAAAGACUAUUCAUCCAACUUCUUAGUGGAAAUUGCAGUUAUAUAAGAUAACAUUUCUACAUCCCCUCAUUCACUUCUACAUCCCCUCAAAGCCUAAUACUCAACUUGGUAUUAAAGAAAUACUUAAUAAUUAGUUGUUAUUUGUUAGAUUGAAAACACAUAGCUCUUAGGAGUAGGAAAAGUCAUCAAAGACUAUUCAUCCAACUUCUUAGUGGAAAUUGCAGUUAUAUAAGAUAACACUUCUAGUUAGUAAACCAGGACUAGAACCAAGUUUACCAACUCCCAAUCUAGAAUGAGUUAUUUAUUUAUUUAUUUAUUUAUUUAUUUACUUGACCUGAAAGGUUUUUUCUGGAAUUACAGGUUUGAGGAAACAAAUCACUUGGUUAAGAUCUAGGUCAUUGCUUUAGAGGAAGUACUUCAGUUGACAAAUAUCCAGAAAUUUGUCUGCAGAAUUUGUUCUAUGAGGAAAAUGUCAAGACUUUUUAAGAGGAAAUGGUCCAUUUUUAGUUUUCCUCUUUAAAAUUCUUAAGAAGUAGCAACAUUUAUGAGCUUCAGAGUCAGACAUAUUUAUUUAGAGUUCAGACUCUAUCACUUAGCAUCUGUGGGCUGUGAGAUUUGAGCAAGUUAUUUAAAUAUUCAAGCUGUAAAAUAUUGGAUAAUCAUCCAUGGUUCACAAAUCUAUUAUGAGGUUUAAAUGAGUCAGUGUAUAUAAGACUACCUCGCUGUGUGCCUAUAAAGUAAUAAGAGCUUAGUAAGUGUAAAUUUCCUUAAUUUAUCUUCCUCCUACACCCCACCCAUAGACAAGGGAAGCAACCCUGUUUAAGAUGCAAUGAUUUUUUAGGGUAAACUUAAGUGUACUUUCAAGACAACUUGAUUAUAAUUUCAUUUUGUGUCUAUUCCUCUCUUAGACAUUCCAAGUUUUCUUAGUUAUCAUUACUUCACUUCCCUCUGUUAACUAGUUCUAUGUAGCAUCUGUAGGAAAUGCAGACAUGAGGGUUUAUUUUGAAUAAGAUAUUAAAAGAAAUCCAAGAUUAGAACCCAAGUUCCUCUCUCCUCGCCAUGAUAGUUUCUGUAAUCAUG